CGUGAAGUUCAUCAUACACACCCGGAUAUAGACAUUUAAAAACACUAGCUAUAUGCUACACGCUUAGCAACAUAGCAUGCUAGAUAUCAUCAGUAACACCCAGUCUCACUCAUACUAACCAGUUAUGGAAGCACUGUGGAAUUUGGAGGACACAUGGAAGCUGACGAGCCAAGAAGCAGUCCUCUUAUUUGUAUGCUCUGCCUUCGCAGUCAUUGCGCUCUGCACUGCCACAAUGCUCAAGAGGAAGGCCCAGAGAAAGCCAAGAGUGAACCAAGACCCAAGCGCAGGUAGCUCAAUAAGAUGGUCUGAUCCUGAGCCUGGUUCUAAUGAUUGGAUCACAAUAAAGACGGUGUUGAUGGAGUCAAUGAGGUGGAGUGAAGCAAGCAAAUGGGAGGAGGGAGGAAGUGGGAGUGAGAGUGGGAGUGGGAGGGGGAGAGAGAUGCUACGACCACCACCACUUCUCGGGUUAGAAAGGUGCGACUCAAGUACUGAGUGGCAAAGCCGGAACUCCUUUUCACCUGCAGUGUGGCAAAGGCCUAUCCUCAUGGGAGAGAAAUGUGAGCUUCCAAGGCAUAGUGGGCUUAUUCUCUAUGAUGAAAGAGGUCGGCUACUUGAUCAUUCUCUCACAUCAUCUCGUAAAGAAAAUAUUCAUGAGGACAAACCAGCAGCUGUUCUGAGAACUACCAAGGUUGAUUUGCUAUAGCUGUAUUUUAUUGCUUCUAUCUUACCUGUGUCGACCAAGCUU